CACCCUCCCCUCUGGUCUGGUCCACCCUCGACGCAUCAGCAGCAGCAGCAGCGACAUCACCGCACGCAGCACGGCACGUCUCCGGCCACCGUCGGCGUCGCAUCUUCACUACAGCAUACAGCGAGCGCAUAGCAGCAUCGCCAUCUUCACGACUUUCCAGCAUUCCAACCUGCAUACCCCCGACGAGUAUACUGGCCGCGAGCAGGACUCUAACUGCUGCUGCCGAUCGGGCCUCCUCUACUUGCUAAUCCCGCUGCAACACGUUCAGCACGUCCCAAACACCAAACUUGCACCAACACGCACCUUUGCGUUCACCUUCGACGCGAGAAUACGCGUGUCCUCGCCAUACUUAACGAUCCCUUUACAAUGCCACCCGCCCGUACUGCCAGGCGGACGGUCACGGACGAGAAUGCCGAGAAUGCCGGGACGACACGUCUGACGCGUGCCAAAGCUGCUGCCCUCGACCAUGCUGGUGCUGGUGACCCACCCAAGAAGGCAUUGACUACCAAGCGCACUACUACUGUCUCCACUACUGGCACUCUGGGCGCUCGCAAGCGGACUGCUCUGGGCGACGUCAGCAAUGUUGCGAAGAAGGAACUGGUCGACAAUGGCGAUGCGAAAAAGGAAACUCUCUCGAAAGGUACUUUAUCGAAGGCUGUGAAGCCUGCUGGCAUUCAAAAACCUGUUGGGCGCACUAGCUCGACGCGUCCUGUCCUCGGUGCGAGACCCGCCAAUGCCUCCUCAGAACUCAAGCGACCCGCAAGCGGCUCUGGUAUCCAAACUGGCCAUGCCAUCAAGAAGAGAAACACGUCGACCUCCAAACCCAAGCGUGUCGCCGUUGAGGAGGACGAAGAUGAGGACGCGGAGAACGUGCCACCGCCGAAGAAUGGCGCAAGUGCUGACAGUAUCAAGAAGACUAGCCCGAAGCCGGCUGUCACAGAGCCUGUUGAUUUGGAAGAGCACGAAGAGGAGAAGUCGUUGGAAGAGCUCAUCAAGGAGGCCGAAGAUCUUGACACGGAGGAUCUCGGUGACCCACUCAUGGUUGCCGAGUACGUCCACGAGAUCUUUGACUACAUGCGCGAAGCGGAGAUUUCGACGAUGGCCAAUCCCGAUUACAUGGACAACCAAGGCGAGCUGGAGUGGAAGAUGCGCGGCAUCCUCGUAGACUGGCUCCUGGAGGUCCACGCGCGUUUCAGGCUGCUGCCGGAGACUCUGUUCCUUGCUGUCAACAUCAUCGAUCGUUUUCUCUCCUGCAAGGUCGUCCAUCUCGAUCGCCUCCAGCUGGUGGGAGUGACGGCGAUGUUCAUUGCCUCCAAGUACGAAGAGGUCUUGUCACCACACGUCCAAAAUUUCGUCCAUGUCGCCGACGAUGGCUUCAAGGAUACUGAGAUAUUGUCUGCUGAGCGCUUUGUUCUGGCCACGCUCGACUACGACCUCUCGUAUCCAAACCCCAUGAACUUUCUCCGGCGUAUCUCCAAAGCCGACAACUACGACAUCCAGACUCGGACUUUAGGCAAGUACUUGUUGGAGAUUGCUUGUCUCGACCACCGAUUUCUCAAGUACCCACCAUCGCAGGUGGCUGCGGCGGCUAUGUACCUCGCACGCCUGGCUCUCGAUCGUGGCGAAUGGGAUGCCACUCUGGCGAAGUAUGCAGGCUACACCGAGGGUGACAUUCGGCCGGUCUUCAAGCUGAUGGUUGACUACCUAUAUGCCCCUGUUAUGCACGAGGCAUUCUUCCGCAAGUAUGCUAGUAAGAAGUUUCUGAAAGCAUCCAUUGUGCUUCGACAAUGGGCGAAGAAGUGGGGGCCAACGUAUCUAGAUGGCUUUUGACGCACACUCCAGUAGUGGCAAGGCACCUCGGUCGUGGACGUCCCCAGACUAUCGCUGACGUUCACAGUACGUGAGCAUUUUGUCAUGGAGUCGACCGGGGUCCGUCGCUCCCUCGACUUUGGCCGUGACACCCUCUAACCUGGACCUGUCCAUGAUGGAAAGACUUAGAGAUGGUGCACUCGAGGAUGCAUCAGCAGGGCUCCUCUGCAAAUUUGGAAUAUGUACGGCGUUACUAUGGUGGGCACAGCCUUAUCGCUACGACUGAAGUUCUGCUAUGAUUGCGUAUCAAUAUGCCGAUACGGGAUUGUCGAAUGGCAUAGAUCGCGCAUGGAGUCAUUUGGAUCGGGCGUCUGGUUUUUUCUGCUUGUUUGUUUUUCAGACGCCUGGUAUUCGGGGCGCAUACAGGCGCCCGCGCAACGAUGUGUGUUUUCAUGACCAGGACAUCUGUGCGGAUGAUGGUCAUCAGAUGCGGUAGCGAAGGGAUUCGGGUUAGCAUAAACACACGGGGUGGAAUUUUCUUAAUGCACGCCGCCGACGAUGCAGUCUCGCUUGCAUUGUCAUUUUCGAAUCUCGUAAGCACAUGUACCGCCAGUGCAACCUGAAGCGUACCUAAGGUAUGUACCUAGGUAGCAUGCUUACCCUGACGUGCCGGUCUCACUGUUGGAAAGGGAAUCCACUUUCACGGCAGGAGCGACCAUUUUCACAAUGGACAGCAUCAGGCAAGAGUACGCUACUAGGUACCUGUAGGUAGGUAGGUAGGUAGGUAGGUAGCAACAAUGUGUGAUU